CGCAUGGACCCGUCCUUGGCUAGACAACAUCUUUGGCUCACGGUCUCAUCCGACGGGGGGGAAAAUGGGAGGGUUGAUGUAGAAAGUCGAUCUCCUCAUUCGGUUCGAGUUGGGUGGGAUGUGCGCAUCCCUCCGCCAAGUAGGCGUCGAUCAAUAGAGAACCACUGCACGUCGUAAUGUCGGCCCGGGCGUGUAGUCGGCAACGUUUGUCUUCUCUGCCCGUCAGCUGCGAGAAUCCACCAACUCUUGCGCAGCUUGUCCGCCUUUUCUAAGUCUUCCCCGUUUCUAUUAUCUUCUCGCUUGUCAACGAGCAGCCAUCUUUGAAAUUGAGCGUCGUCAUAAUCUUAAAAAAAAAAAAACAUUCCCUGAACAGAAGGCAUCGGAAAUCAGAUUAUUGAACGGUUGUGCGUGGCCGUCAUAGUUGCUGUGUAGCCUUGACCGGGGUGACAGGCGUCGUUCUCAAUUUGUUAAUCUCUUCAUAUCGGCAAGAGCUGAGGGUGCCGUUGUGAGUUGGUGUGAAAACAAAUUGGUACACGUAAAUAAUCGCGCGAAUCGACAACGUAAUAAUAGUAACAGUGUUCGGGAGCAAAGUGGGCCAUUGGAACGAAGCGGGCUUAUACGGAUCGAAUCAGCAUAACCCGUUGACAAAUAUUAUACGGGCUAAAGCUGUUGGAUGCCAUCAGAUCGCGGGCCCAUCAACUAAAGGAAUACAGAAACUGGCAGAAGGAGGCGGAUCAUUUUGGGGAAACAAAAAAGAAGAUAAAUAAGAAAAGCCCCAAAUCAGCGUCAAGACGGCGACGAAGAUGGCGCCCAAAGUGCCCGACGAGAAGUCCACCGUGAUGGAAGACAUCCGGAUGGAGACCUCGUCGCCUUUCUCUUCAUCCGCUACUUCAUCCGCUCCUUUUGCAUCAUCUUCAAUAGCUGGUGCAGCCGGAGUGACAGCCGAAAGUGAACCAUCUGCGCCGCCCACCAAAAGUGCGGGCAGCGAUGCGAGCGAAAUAGCCAGGGAAGAAAUAGCCAAGAUUGCCAAGGAAAUGGGCAUGCCCGUCUGGGCACUCUACUGCAUCGGCAUUGUAGUGGCCCUGGUAAUCUUGCUGAUAGCGUUCUGCUGCAUCCGGCGGUGCUGUCGCAAACGGAGGCCCAAAGAUGCCAAAAAAGGACUCAAAGGAGCCGUCGACCUCAAGUCGGUUCAACUCCUCGGCAACGCCUACAAAGAAAAGGUUCAACCUGACAUGGAUGAACUGACCGACAACGUCGAGGAUAUCGCCGUCGAAGGUGAAAAGAAGGAAGAACAGAAACUGGGCAAAUUGCAGUACAAGCUCGAGUACGAUUUCAACCAGAGCAACCUCGUCGUCACCGUUCACCAAGCGGAAGAACUUCCAGCCCUCGACAUGGGAGGCACUUCCGAUCCUUACGUCAAAGUUUACCUCCUUCCCGACAAGAAGAAGAAAUUUGAAACCAAAGUCCACCGCAAAACCCUCAAUCCCGUCUUUAACGAAAGUUUCACUUUCAAGGUCCCGUACGCCGACGCCAUGGCGAAAACGCUCGUGUUUGCCAUCUACGACUUUGACCGCUUCUCCAAACACGACCAGAUCGGUGAAGUCAAAGUGCCACUCUGCCAAGUCGACCUUGCCCAAACCAUUGAAGAAUGGGCCGAGGUGACGAGCGUCGAAGGCGAGGGCGGACAGGAAAACAAGUUGGGUGACAUUUGCUUCUCUCUCCGCUACGUUCCGACGGCCGGAAAACUGACUGUCGUUGUCUUGGAAGCCAAGAACCUGAAGAAAAUGGAUGUCGGUGGUCUUUCGGAUCCUUACGUCAAGAUCGCUCUGAUGCAGAACGGCAAACGAUUAAAGAAGAAGAAGACGAGCAUCAAAAAGUGCACUCUCAAUCCUUACUAUAACGAAUCCUUUACCUUUGAGGUGCCCUUCGAGCAGAUUCAGAAAGUGCAACUGGUAGUGACUGUCGUGGAUUACGAUCGCAUCGGUACGUCCGAUCCCAUCGGAAAAGUCCUCCUCGGUUGCAACGCUUCUGGCACCGAACUGCGUCAUUGGUCGGACAUGUUGGCCUCGCCCCGGCGUCCCAUCGCCCAGUGGCACACGCUGAAGGAGCCCGACGAUGGAGACAAGAAAGAUUAAACAGAAAAAGAAAGGCUGCAGACACAAAAUGAGAAAUUGACUAUCAAAAGUCUCGUCGUUUCAGCGUCCGUACUCGUUUCCAAUCAUUCCCGUAUUUAUUUGCCUUUUUUUUAUGGUUUCAAGCAUUCAGCAAGUAAAAGAGGGGCAGAAGAAAAACAGAUAUAAACCCAACAGCGAAUGGGAAAUCGAAAGACUUGUUUUUCCUAAUUUGUUUCACUGUCUUCUUUUGGUUUCCUUUCCGUUUUGCGUCAAUGUGUACAUCUAUCUCCUCUUCUGUGUGUAUCUUUUUAAUUAUCUCCCAAUUCCUGUCCUACUACCCUUCUCCAUGUCCCCAGAAAUUCCAUGUUCCUGAGACGACAGAGAGCGAGAUAAGUAUCAUGUAAUCAAUUAGAGUGGUCUUUUUUUUAGUCUUUUCUAAACCCAAGUUUGGAGAAUCGAGUUGGAUCAGUCACUUGUAGAUGUGACGUUGCACAUAGUACCAACAGUUACGCCACCAACUCGUCUCGAUCUCUCUGUCUCGUUCUUAUUUCCGCUUUCAUCCCUCCUCACCCACUCAUUCCGUGCUGUGUCUUGUUCGUUGUCGGCGAGUUAUAUAUAGAGAGAAAACAUACCUAUAGUCCCACGUGAUUCUCCUCUUUUUCCCGUAUUGUUGUUCAGUAUAAUCAGGAAAAGAGAGAAAUACGAUGAAGCCUCUCCUCCCUGAACUCUUCAUCGAUCACUAAUUAUUAAUUAUAGACUUUCUUCUGAAUUAUCAGCUAAAUGAAUCGUUUCUUGCCCCAGUCUUGAAAAGAAACAAGGGUUGUUCGUUUCAUUGUUUUACCUCUGUCACUUUUAUUGUUACCAGCAAUGAGUAAGCGACAGCAGACAUUAUGUUACAGUUUUUACUUUUAAGAUAUCAAUUUCAAGUUUCAUUAUUUAUAUUGUAUACCUGUUGGAUCAUGUAAGAAAGCCACGACGAAACAUUUAGGAAAACGAUGAAGAAAUCACGAUUUAGAAGAACAAUGUACGCCAAAACGUCGGCCCUACGUAGUUCUUCUUUCCAACACACGUACACUUUUGACACGUUUCCCCUGACCCUGUCAUUAGAAUUUCAUUACAUCAAACAACACUUUUUUCUUGCUACUUGGAAACUUUUAUCAAUAUCAUUGUGUUAUCAUUUCGUUUGAGUAUUUUUAUUGUCAUAAAUCGAUGGUAAAAUUACUGUAUCAGAAUAUCGAAGAAGAAAGAAAAAAGAAA